AUGAAGUCGCAUUCUCUCAUCCUGGCGCUUACAGCGCUUUUGCUCGCCCUGCCCGUUAUCUCCGAAGAGACGACGGCUACGGCCACGAAGACCCUCGCCGUCGCAUCUGUCGACGCCCCCGCCGCCCAAACCGAACACCCCGUCUCGAAAAUCGUCACUUCAGAGACCGAGGCCACAACCGCGAGCUCCAUAAAAGAAAAGGACAACAGCGGACGCGACAGGGUCGACGAUACCGCAGGCGCAGAGGGUGCUGACGAUGGCGCGUUCAAGCUCUCGAAAGGCGGGAUGGCGGCCAUCAUUGUCGUGGUAGUAGUUGUAGCCGGUGGUGGAAUCGUCUCAACCGUCCUCUUCUUCCUAGCCAAGAAGCGCCAAUGGGAGCUCCGCGACAAGCUCAAGCGCGCCUCGCGCCGUGUGGCUACGCGCCUGGCCACGCCGCGCAGUGCGCGCUUCCCGCACCACGAGCGCGAAUGCCAGCAACGGAAGCCGGGCGUGAGGGUUGCGUCGCCGUCGCCGCGUCCGGGGGCGAAGGGGAGAGCGAAGGAGAGGGAUCUUGAGAAGGGCGAGAAGAGGGGGGUUAGUGAGAAGGGAAAUCCGACGAUGAGCGCGUUUGACGUGGAGACGCCGGUGAAGGUUACGUGGAAGGAUAGGCUGUUUGGGUAUAAAUAA